AACAAGAGUUUAGCAGUGUGUUCAUUUCCUGCAAAAUCGCACAAUCUCGUUGUUUAAUUCAAUUUAAAAUCUUUUUAGUAAAUAAGAUUACGGCUCGAGUUAUGUCAAGGAUAGUUUGGUCAUGAUAAUUUAUGUACCGAUGCCGUAAAGUCAACGCCCAGCCCGGUCGGCGGUCUCUGUAACUGUCAUUUGUAACUCUACCGGUAAGAACCAAGUUUGCCUUCAAGAUUGGAAUGCAAUACUGCAACCCUAUCUUAAUUGCCUACCUAGACAUAUGCAUAAAUCCAGCCACUUGCCAUUGAUAUAUGAAACAUGGAUAGCAACAAGUACAACAUUAUUCAGCAGCUUAAGGUGCUUUCACCUGAUCUCUUCCCUACAACAUGGAGUUUUGUUGUUUUUAUCUUAUACAUGGCUCUGUUCAUCAACCAAGGAAUUCUUGUUACGUCAACAAAGAACUCGGAUAAGUCGUAUGACUACAAUGUGACAACAGUUGUGCUGCUGACAGAAUGCCUCAAACUGAUCAUAUCAACAAUUUUGUAUGUAAAAGGUAAUGGUCUAGUGAAGAUUAAAAGUGAGGUACUGCAAAACACCAAAGUGCUCUGUCUAUAUUUUGUUCCUGCGUUUCUCUACUGCCUGUACAACAACCUGCAGUUUGUGAACUUGGCAGAGUAUGAUCCUACAACGUACUAUCUUCUUCUGCAAUUCAGAGUGGUUGUAACAGGUGUUGUCUUCCAGUACCUACUGAAGGAUGUCGGAGCGUCGACGCCCAUCAUGCUGCAGAACGUCUUCAUGUACGUUGACUCGAUCGUCUGCAAUGUCGUCCUGCUGAUAUGCCGAGGCAAGCUGCUCGACGCCUUCAAGCCGGAUGCUCUCGCUUCCAUCUACAAGGUCAGCAAGUUUUGCGUGUGCGUGUGACGAAUCGAAACCUAAAUCGAAAGCGGUUACGGUCGAGUGCCACCGAUGUUUCGUUUUGGUUUUCGGUCUCGGGUUUCUGUGUUCGGGUGGGUGUUUAGAUUAGUGCAUGUUUGGUAGGCAUGGUGCAGGAAAAGAAAGCAUUUUCGGGAUUAUG